GGGGGCGAAGGGAAUCGCGCGGGACAUGCCCCGUGCCAUGGCGUCGGCUCCAGCCUCGGGCCGGCAUUUCCGCUGUAUGUUUGCGCUGUGCCGGCGGGCGGCUGCAGGUUCUCCUGGGUUGCCGCUGGUCUCGCAGUUGCCUUUGCGGGCGAUUUUGAGGGACUGGACGUUUGACGGCUGGCAGCAUGAUGCAGCCGAGCUCACACUGAAGUUCCUACGAGGCAUUGGGUUGUUCGGUGGCCGUUGGGAGGCCCGAUACAUGGAUGCGGCAGGACUCCAGACUCCACACUGCGGUGCAAUGCCGCUGCUCAUCGAAGUGACGCAACAGGCGUUCAUGCACGGGCUCACGGAUGCCCCGGAGAUGCUCGUCCUGAUUCGCCGGCUCCCGGAAGUGGUGCGCCUUCCGCUGCGUGACGGUGGGCACAAUGGCCUUUUUGCCGAUGGGGAAAUGGCGGUGGAAGGAGCGGAGAAGUGGCAGCUCUACAAGAGAGUGGAUGGGCGCGGCAAGGGCAAUACUGGGGGUGGUGACCAGUUGGAUGGCCGUGGUGGCCACAGCUACGAGCGCACGGCUCCUCCUCGGAGUUGCGUGGGCUUCGCCAUGCCGGUGGCUUAA